GCAGCGCCCCCUGCUGCGCACUGUGGAGAAUGAAAACUGACUUUUUUAUGUUUCUUGAGGAUGGCUGUUGCGCCUGCGCAACCAGUGUAACAAGAUGGCGGAGAGUGCGGAACUGAAGCAAAUGGUAAUGAGCCUUCGUGUUUCUGAGCUCCAAGUGUUGUUGGGAUAUGCGGGACGGAAUAAGCAUGGGCGCAAACAUGAACUUUUGACCAAAGCUCUCCACCUACUCAAGGCUGGUUGCAGUCCCGCAGUGCAGAUGAAGAUCAAAGAGCUCUACAGGCGGCGCUUUCCAACCAAAAUGGUUUCGCCAGUGGACCUAGCUCUUCCCGGUGUCCACGCUGCAGCCAGCUUGCCCACUGGCCUCGCCCAGCUGGGGUUUGACAGCCACGGUUCCCCAUCACCGCUGCUGCCUGUUUCUUUACUCGGGCCUAAGCACGAGCUGAGUCUGCCUCAUCUUUCCUCCGCUCUGCACCCUGUACACCCUGAUGUCAAGCUCCAGAGAUUGUCAUUCUACGAUGUGCUGGAUGAGCUGAUAAAGCCAACCAGCCUGGCUUCAGACAACAGUCAGCGGUUCCAGGAAGCAUGUUAUGCCUUUGCAUUAACACCGCAGCAAGUUCAGCAGAUCAGCAGCUCCAUGGACAUAUCUGGGACCAAAUGUGACUUUGCCGUUCAAGUCCAGUUAAGAUUUUGCUUAUCGGAGACGAGCUGUCCCCAGGAGGACCAUUUCCCCCCAAAUCUGUGCGUGAAGGUGAAUGGAAAGCCUUGUAAUCUUCCGGGAUAUCUUCCUCCCACCAAAAAUGGAGUUGAACCAAAAAGGCCCAGUCGCCCCAUCAACAUAACGUCUCUUGUCCGGCUGUCCACUACAGUCCCCAACACAAUUGUGGUGUCAUGGACUUCAGAAAUUGGCAGGUGUUUUUCCAUGGCUGUGUAUUUGGUCAGACAGCAGUCGUCAGCAGUGUUGUUGCAAAGACUACGGGCCAAAGGAAUCAGGAACCCUGACCACUCCAGGGCUCUGAUCAAAGAGAAGUUGACGGCCGAUCCAGAGAGUGAGAUUGCUACCACAAGUCUAAGAGUCUCUCUCCUGUGUCCUUUGGGGAAGAUGAGGCUGACAAUCCCCUGCCGAGCAAUGACAUGCUCACACCUCCAGUGCUUCGAUGCUACUCUUUAUAUUCAAAUGAAUGAGAAGAAACCAACAUGGGUUUGUCCGGUCUGUGACAAGAAGGCACCAUAUGAGCACCUAAUUAUUGACGGGUUGUUCAUGGAAAUCUUGAAUAGCUGCUCUGACUGUGAUGAAAUCCAGUUCAAAGAAGAUGGAAGCUGGGCCCCUAUGAGGUCAAAGAAAGAAGUGCAGGAGGUUGCUGCUUCCUACAACGGUGUAGACAGCGAUCUGUCUCGAACAGAGGCACAUGAGCAGAAACGGUCUAAUGACAACUGCAAGAAAGUAGAUGUGAUCGAUCUAACACUGGAUAGCUCCUCAGAAGAUGAGCUAGAUGACGAGCCGCCUCUUAAAAGAGCCUGUCCCUCGCUGUCACCCGUCUCUCCACCUGCAAGCAAAGGAGUACUAAACCUGCACAGCCAGGCCUCACCUGUGAGCAGAGCUCCCAGCAUGCCACCUGUGGAGACCAGUUACAUUCCUCCCCCACCACCUCUUAUCCAGGACUACCGCCACUACUAUCACACAGCCAGUGACCUGCCAGAUCAAAAUUUCUUCUCCUUCCUCCAAGGCGACAAUCAGCAUUACAAUAUGGUGAUGGCUGCUGCAGCAGCUGCGUCGGCUUCAGCCUCAGAGGAUCGUGACCUGCUCCUCAACCAUUUCCUGCCCUACAGCUCCCCUCAGCUGUUACGUGAGCAGCCAGGCACCCCGGCAAGCAGCACAUUGGCUGCCACCAACGGAGGCAGCAACAGCGGCAGCACCAGUAGUUUGGUGUCUUCGAGCAGUCUGCGGGACCGCGACAAAGACCGGGAUCGGGACAGAGACAGGGACAGCCAUUCCAUUUCAGGAUUAUCAAGGUCCUCAGUGGAAGCAGCUGCAGCUGCAGCGGCCAUUUAUGGCUCCAUAUCUGACAUUAUCUCUCUUGACUAGAUCCACUCAGAACUGAAAGACAAGGGAGACCUCGAGAACAGGAGUUCUUUGUAAAUAAAGAAGAGGAAGAUGAAAGAAUACAGUGCUAUGUACAGAGAGGAAAAUCUAUUUUCAAUUUUACUUAUCAUAUGUAUAUAAACUUAGGACGCUUCCUGUCCGGUGAGUUACUUCAGUUGAUAUUUUUCUGUGAAUACUGAAGACUUUUUCACACCUCUUCAUGUGGUCCUUUGAUUAAAUUGUACCUUUUGUACCUGUUUUUACAGUUUUGUUUCGAUAAUUCAUGUCAAUGGCAUUAUUUCAGUAUACAUGCACAGAACGCAGUGGGGGUCACAACCUUAUGGAGCGUGAUAUUCAGAAUAUAAAGAAAAAGGGCAUUGUUAUAGAUGUACAAAAGGCAGGUCUCAGCAAAACAGGAAAAUGGGUAACACUUUCUUUAUUUUCUAAAUGGCUUUAUUUCUGUUGACAUGCUGUGGGCAGCAGAAAGAUCUGGCCAUUUUUUGCCAUCACUGUAGAAUUUUUUCAGUAGAACAUUCAUGCUGUGGUCAUUAUUUUAAAUAAUUAUUUAUGAUGUAAGUUAUGUAGGAUGCGUGCUGUUUUUUUGUUUUUUAAAGAAGCAUUCCCUAUGCCUCUAGGAACUGUUGCCACUAGAAAUGCAGGAGUAAAUGCUAGAUCCUUCUAUUGUCAUAAGUGUUCUCUUUUCCUCCUCACUUCUUUAACUCAAAUCAAACAUGAACAAUGUUAAAUUGUUCAAACUGUACCUGGAUGACAUAAAUUGGGAGAAGUCAGUAUUGUUAAGACAACGCUUUUAUUUUAAUUUUAUUUUGUUGUUGUUGUUGUGUGAAUGAAGGGCACAGGUCCAGCAAGAACCACUAUCGGACCUUUUAUAUAAAUCUUAGAUUUGCAGUAUUGUGUAAUUUUUUUUUUUCUCUCAAAGUGUAGUUGUUUUACUUUGCAUAUUAUAUUCUUAAAUACAUGCAAAGAAAAAAAAAACACAAUUGGUGAGUCGAUACCGAUAAAUUUCUGCUCCACCGUCAAUGGGAGACUAGUUUCUGGUCCACUUGAGGUGAAAUGUUAUAUUUGAAAGGUGUAAAACUGUUCACUGAGUGCAAUUGGAUUAAAUACAUUUCACUGGGUUUGAUUUUAGCACUUGCUGCUUUUUGUUUUUUAAUUUCCAGAGAGUCUGUUUGGAGCAGUGAAGCAUUACAAUGCGCACUUGAGUAGUUUUCAGCUUUAUGUGUGUCUGCAAAUUACCUGAAAGCUCACCUGUUUGAGUGCUCUUCCCUAUGGAGGUGACAGGACACAGCCUUUUUUUGAUGUUUAAUGUAUUUGCAGCAGCCUCUAAGAUAACUGUGAUAGAGCUUAGUCUUCGAUUGAAUCACAACACACUUUUUUUUGGCCCAGAAGUCAAAAUCAUCUAUGUUACUUUGGACUCCUCCCUUUCCUUUAUUUUAUUUGACUUGUGCUUACAAUUAGAAUUAUUUAUUAUCAUAUAUAUUUUUCAGCAUUUGUUUGAUUAAUGAACAUGCAUUGCUGUCAUUGUAUGUGAUCAUUUCUUUUGUAAUUAUAUAUAAUUAAUGCUAUUUAAAGAUGUCAUUGUUGCUUGACAUGCAUUGUAACAUUUUCUGUUUGUCUGUUUUGCUAUCAGAUGAUGUCAAUAACUCAAUAGAAGCUUUGAUCAUUUUGAACGGCUGCGAGGUCUACUGUGCUGUUUGAUAUUUGUAAGAAUUAAAACCAAUACAAGGAA